AACCUGCAUUAGAACCCUAAUUUUAUAUCUAUAUAUAUAAUUCCUUCUAGUUAAUUAGGAAGCCCAAUUAGUAUUUGUGUAUAUAUAUUACGAAAAGUGUUAUUAUUACAAUGACAUUCGAAUCAGGAACAGGAUCGAAAUCAAGAAGGAUCAGAAGAUGCUGCGUUAUUGUGUGUGCAAUAAUGGUGGUAGUAAUUUCUGUAAUUAUUGUGACACUAUUUUUGACCGUGUUUAGAGCAAGAGACCCAAAAGUAAGUAUCCAUGCCGUUGACCUUGACAAGUUUGACCUUUUCCAACCCAAUGUAACAAGUGUGCCACUAGCGAUGGUGAUCACCAUAACUAACCCAAAUUAUGGAACAUUCUAUUACAAAAAUUCAACUGGGUACCUUAAUUACCACGAAAUGAUGAUAGCAGAAGCUUCGAUAGACCCAGGUUCUGUUCCUGCUCGUAGCACCGUUAAUGUUUCAGCCACUGCAGGUGUAAUGUCGGAGAAAUUAAUGGGUCAUGAGAAAUUCUUUGAAGAUCUUGCACUUGGGGGAUUGAAUUUCACAGCAACUGCAACAUUGCCUGGGAAAGUAGUGGCUCUCCUCCAUAUUAUUAAAGUUAAGGCCACGGUUGAUAUUUGGUGUGACGUUAGUUUUAACAUUACUACUCUUCCAAUAACGGUUGCUUCUAGCUGCAAAACCAAGAUCACAGUUUGAUUUCAUUUCUAUUCAUUUAUCAUUAAUUAGUUACGGAAUUUAUUUUCUUUCAAUGUAAGAUUUUGUUUAUUUAUUUGUUGUUGUGACAUGUGAGGAUAUAUUAUAUAGUAAUAUAGUAUACAUACAGA